GCCUCUGCCUUCACCUCAUAGGUUCUUGCAACCUUCCACUGAACAACCAUGAAGUUCCUUGGCAUCACACUGGCCUUGGUAUUCUUUGCAGGAUCCCGAGCUUUUGUCCUCCGAGAUGAGCCAUAUCCCCACCUGGCCCAGCUAAACCAGGAGCUCCAGGAAUACCUGAGAAACAUCAGCAGGGUUGUGGAUGAAAAAGUCGAGUUGAUCAGAAAGUCGGAGCUGGGACAGUCAGUGAUAGAUAAGCUUCAUAAUGGCGUUUAUAAAGUCAGCAAGCGCUUGAGUAGCCUGAAGGCCAAGUUACCUGCUGAGAUCACACAAAGCUAUGACUUGGUCAUUGGGGUGCCGUUAGGCGUGGUGGAGAAAAGUCUCAACACCAUGCGUGACUUGUACAGAAAGAUGACGCCUGCCACAGAUGAGCUUGCUGAGUCGCUGUACUCCGCAGUGGCGCCCUAUGCAAAUUCGAUCCUACAGAGGGUGGGUCCGUACGCAAAGUCACUGCACAGUUCCCUCGUCGCCAAAGCCGAGGAGCUGAACCCCAAGCUGAACGAGAAACUGAAGCAGCAACUGGAAGAGCUGAAAAUUCAGCUAGCCCCUUACACCAAGAUGCUUCAGAGCAAGUUGCAAGACUUUCAGGUGUCCCUAGAGUCCUUCAUCAACCAAGCCCAGGAGAAGUUCAAUGAAGGAGCAGACAGAGUCAACCAGACGUUGCAGCCCUACAUUACCCGGAUCCUUGGGGCACUCCAAGAAUACACCAAGGACUUUAAGAAGUGGGUGGACACCCCAGUCUUUCCCCCAACUCAGUGAUUAUUAUUAUUUGCACACAAUGGAGGAUGGAACCUUGGCCAACCCCUAAACAGGAAGAAAAUAUGGUGACUGAUAUCUGUAACCUCCUUCUUCUCCAGAUCUCGCAGUAAACCAGAUGUCCCUAUUGAUGCCUACUCAAUGGUCUGGAUAGGUGGUGCCAAUUCUCAUUACAUUGCGGUAGCUUCUGUUGACUGGUUAAAGAUGUUGUCCACACAACCAAACUUCAAUAGCAUUGGGCACUUCUGUAGUUUCUUUUUUCUGUACAGUGCUGUUCACAUAGUACAUUCAGAAGACCACUUUCAGUUGCCUCGUCAUUCUCUCUCUCUCUACUCCCUCUCUCUCUCUUUCUCUCUCUCUUUACGCUCUGAACACACUAGUCGCCAGAGUAAAGCAUUUCCAUGAGCCAGUCAUGGAGGGGGAGCAGGAUGAUCUGGCAAUCACUUGUGUAAUCUCUCUGAAGCUGAUAAAAAAAAAACCACGCACUCAAGUUGCUCCCACCAGGUUGAACGUAAAAAAGGGCAUUGUCUGCCCCCAUUUUUAGAAGAGAGAGGUGGAGACACCCUGGAAUAGUGAGUGUGUAUCUACCCAUAGAUAUAGAUAUACACACACUUUAUUGACUUAGAACAAUUUCUCCUUGUCUCUGGCCAUUGGCCAUGCUUGCUGGGGCUGAUGGGGGUUCCUCAUCUGUGAUGCAGGGACAGCCUUUCUAUGUGGCUGAGUUAAUUGGUUGAUGCCUGUGAGAACAGGAUGCUGGGCCCUUGGCCAGAUCCAGCAAGGCUCUCCUUAGGUUCUUAUGCCUCUUUCAGGCGUCUCUUCAACAUUAUCGGAACAGCUGUCCAGGGUGGCAAAGUGCAGAAGGGCUGGAGCACAAUCCAUUAGAGUUUCCCAUCCGUUGCAAAGAACUCCUGAUGGGCAGUGCCUUCUUUGAGUUAGUAGAGGAGUGUUUGGGUCUUCUGCCUCUGGGCCACCAAAAUGUCUUCAGCCAGCCCUAUCAGGUUCGCCAUCCCGGUCUUAGCUUAACUGUCUCAGUGACAAAUAUUACCUUCCUAAAUCAAGGUUGCUUCCACAGUACCAGUUUUCUCUGGAAAUGCACUCAUUCAUUUAUUCACUUUUUAUGGAGAAUCCAAAUGAUAUUGUUGCCAGACCUGAGUUAUGGUGAUUUCAAAACCCGGUCGCAGUCACAGGCUUCACCAGUAUGAUGAGAUCAGAAGUACUGAAUUUCUAUUUAAAUUAUAGGAAAUAUUUCUGAAUUUGCAUCUAUACCUCUAAAUUAACAUACGCAAAUCUGUGUCAUCUUUUCUGAGAUGCAUUUCCUUGAUUUUGGUGAUGCAUAAGCACCCUUCCCCUGAUGAACUAAGACUACCUUGGAACAAAAUAAGUAAAAGACUCAUCUGCUUUGUAUUUUCAUAACUUUUGCCCAUAUUCUGAACUUUUCCUUCUUGCAUGGAGACUUUUAAUGUCAUAUAAAUCCUGAGUUUCUUAAAUAAAUUUACCUUUUAACUA